UAAUGAGUUUCAUCUAUUUCUCUGCUGUGCUUGUGAGAAUUUGUUUUCCCCAAGCUCGCUCUCCAGUCAAUGGAGACAAGAGAAAGAGCCAGCCCAUAGAUGCCCUGCAAAACAAAGCUUAUCCGUCUCUUUCACUCUUCUCUCACUCUGCACUGACUGCAUAGGAGGAAGUUAACUUGCUCAGCCUGAAGUAUCUGCACAGCAGUACCUUUUGCGAGCCUCCUCCUAUUUUUUCUAACCUGGACCAUCCUUAAGAAUUUUACGGUGAAUUUUAUUUCCCCUCAGAAAUGUAAGGCGUUUAGGAUGUUUGGUAGUGAUAACAAUUAGAAACUCUUUGGAAACUACUGCAUUUCUGUGCAGAAUAGCAGCAGGUGAGAGCGUGUGACAGAUCCACUUCUGCAGUGUCUUUGUCUGUGAUGUACAGGAGGCCUGCCAGCAAGGGAGAAGAAGAGAAGGAAGGAUAAAGUCUUGCAUCCAGACUGUGAGAUCAUUGCACUUCUUUGUGCCGGGUUCCUCUCUCAGCAGGAUGAACUGGAGUUGGCCAUGGGACAAGGAAAUGAAACUGUCGUUACUGAAUUCAUCCUCGAGGGUUUCUCAGGGCUUAAUCAAAGGCUGCAGUUCUUCCUCUCUCUGGUCCUCCUACUCAUAUACCUGACGACAGUGAUGGGGAAUACAACCAUCGUUUUCCUCGUGUGUGUGGAUAGCCGCCUGCAAAUCCCUAUGUACUUUUUCACUGGCAACCUGGCAUUCCUGGAAAUCUGGUUUACCUCCUGCACAAGCAUCAAGUUGCUGGUGAUUCUGAGCUCUGGCAGGAGAGCAAUCUCUGUAAGCGGCUGCUUUGCCCAGUCCUAUUUCUAUUUUGCCCUGGGUUGUACGGAGUUCAUUCUCCUUGUGCUCAUGUCCUUUGACCGUUUCCUUGCCAUCUGCCAGCCCUUGCGCUAUGCUGCCAUCAUGACGCAGCAGCUCUGCAUCCUCCUGGUUGUUGCUGCUUGGGUCUCAGGCUUCACGUUCAUGACUUACCACCUGGUACUGCUCUCAAAGCUCACUUUCUGUGGUUCAAACAAGAUCCAGCACUUUUUCUGUGACAACUCCCCCUUAUUCCAGCUGUCCUGCUCUGACACCAACUUGCUGUGGAGAAUAGACUCCGUUUUGAUCCUGUUCAUUGUGCUGGGUUCACUGUGUUUAACUCUGUCAUCUUAUGUGUGCAUCUUUUUCUGUAUUCUACACAUGCCUUCCAGGAGGAAAAAAGCUUUUGCUACUUGUUCUUCCCAUCUCGUCUCAUUGGCCAUUGCAUUUGGAAGCUGCCUUGAUCUCUAUUCACAUCCCCCAGAACAUGCUUCUUUGGAGACCAACGAAAUUGUGGCUUUACUGAACACUGUCCUGUACCCGUUCUUAAACCCUUUCAUCUACAGCCUUAGAAACAAGCUUGUGGCUCUGGUCCUGAAGGAUGCCAUUGCCCAUGCAAGAGCGCAGCUUUUCCCUCAGUCGUGAUGCAUUUCUGGACAGCAAUCUGAAUUAUCUGCUAUUGUAUAUAAUGCUGCUGGGGUGUAGGACACACUAUGUAGAGGAGAAGCAUCUUUGGAUUGCAGAAGUGUUCUUAAGGGAUUUUAGGGAGGUUCCAAAAGCAGGAAAACUGGGCAUUUAGGUGACAUAAAGUGCAGCAAGUGUGGGAAGAAAACAAGGGGUUAGGAGAUGGAAAGGGCUUGUUAAGUAUACAUUUAUCUGGUACUGCCCUGCACCUGAUCUGCACACUUUGUCUCGUCUUCCAUUUCACUCUAUUCUUCUGUCUUCCAUUAAACGCUAUUUCUACUCUUUGCUGAGUGAAGUUCUCUCUUCUGCAUGACGUGUACGUGGCAGUGCAGCCAUUGGACAGAACAAGGUGGGGACGGAAUGAAUUUAGGUGUGUGUGUGACUGGGGUGGUCUGUGCCCACAGCUGGACUGCAGCUAUGGCCAUGGAGGCUUAUAUAUCUGGGGCCACAGCUGGGGCCCAGAGUGGAACCCUGGGACAGAUGCUGGACAGACUGAGAGUCUGAACCCAGCUGCUAAAGGUAUGUACCUAGAUAGAUAGACAGAUAGACAAAUAGAUAGACAUAUAGGCAGACAGACAGACAAAUACAUGUAGCAUAUAUGUAUAUUUUACAUAUCUCACUAACAUUUCUCCAUCCUGCUCAGCUAGAGAGGAGAUUGUGGUAGGGCUGUUGCUGCUAACUGUUUGCCAACUGGAAUUAUUCCAUGGUCCUCAGGUAAAUUGAGCACUGCCCAUUCUGUCUUGUAGUUCCCCUCUCUGGAAAGUCUGCAGAAAACAAAGACCAUGGCAUAGAGGAAGGGAAGGGGGAGAGUCCGACAUCACUGGUAGAGUUCCUCCUGUCAGGAAUCUGUCCCUCAUACCAGGCUCACUUUCUUUUCUUGCUCCUGAUCUACCUGGUGACUGUAUUUGGCAAUGUCUUCACCACUACAUCUCAAACGGUUUCAGAGCAAGUAGAUGUCGAUGAGAAUAAGAAUUGAAACCCUGCAAAAGUAAAAUUGGCUUAAGCUGCAUUCAUCCAUUCUAAAAAUUCAUCCAGAAGUCCCAGGGUGAUGUCUGGCAUUGCUGUGACCAUCUUCUGUCCCAUGUCCUUCUCUGAGGCACUGGGCAGAGAAGACAGGCUGCCAUGGACAGUAAAAGGACCACAACUCCAACAGGGGAAUGUCCUAGGAAAUUUGGGUGGGAAGCGUCAAGAGGCUUUGAAGGCAGGGAAAAGGACAGCCUCCUGCUACAAACUGCAGUUCCAUUCUCAUUUUCCCACGUCCCGGCACUUCAAGAGCCCUGGGGGACAACACUACACACUUCUGCUGUGGCCUGACCCAAGCCUGGUUCUCUUCAUCCUUAACAGCAAAAUUGACAAGGAAGCCUGUUGGCAACACACUGGCAGGUGGGAAUUCCUUCAGGACUGUCCGUCUAUGCACCUCAUAUCCAGAAGGUACUCCUAUCUUUGCUGGGGUUUAUAAGUCCACCACCAGUUUCAUGGCAAAACCAAACACCAGGGUCACUUCCUGAAGCCAAACCUGGGGCCAAGCCCUGUUAAGGAAAUCCAGGAGAGGCUGGGCCCUAUAUUGCUAAAGCACAUUCACUGGUAACAUGGAUGAAAGGAUAGAGCGUCUGGAAAAGUGGCAGAUUCAUUGAUUUACAAGGACACGUGGAGUGUGAGAAUGUUAAUUUCUGGAGAGCUGUCUGAUUGAAGUCUUCAGAAGUGGCACGAUAAGGAAAAACCAGGAAGUAAACAUGAUGGAACGUAGAUCUGAAUUCAUAAACAUGAAGACAGCUCCAUAUCCUUUGGUCAUUAAUGCAGGACAUACACAGAGAGUGUCUGUCAAGCAGUCGACAUAAUUCUUACCAGUGCUUAAUGCCUUCUGGGUCUGGCUGGGAUGGCUGUCCUCUUCCCCACCGCAGCCCACUGCAGCAGUGCUUUCUAUACCAUCUCUAUACCUUUCUAUACCAAGUGUUUUCUAUACCAUCCCUAUAACCACGAGCUCUCAGCAUGAGCUGUGCCACAUCACUGCCGUUACCCCGUGGCCACGUGUCUCAGCGCAGUUGGCCGCUGUGGUCAGUGGGAUGUCCCAGGGGUCAGGACCCUGCCCCGUGCCCGUGAGGCCGAAGGAGCAGCCCCGCAGCCCUGGCUGGUGCAGCCGUGGUGAAGGCGGCUUGGGGACACCGCAGUGACGUGCUGGGCACAGAGCCAGGAGGAAACCACCAUCUUCCUGCCUGAGCGCUGUGACACGGGGCUGUGGUUUGUGCACCUGCAGCGGUGGGUGGGCUCCAACUCCCAGUGCUCUGUGAGGAAUAACGGCCCCUGGGCGACACGCUGAGUGCUGGGGACGCUUCUGAGCCCCUAGACUCAGUCUGCAGAUCCUAGUCUGCUGCCAGGGCAGGAUCUGUCCCAGCUCCAGCUCCUUCUGGGGACGCACAUGGGGCCCACCAAGGAGGAAUGGGUGAGCCAGCACUUCCAGUAUGGGGCUCUGACCUUGCCCAAGGACCUUUCCCAGCCACUGCUCCUGGUACAGCAGGGUCUGCAGCAGGCCUAGGGGCUGUUCCCCUCCCUUACGGACACAGCCCUGGUCCCAACCCUGCGGUUCCUGCAGCGUGGGGCCAGCUGGACAU